UUUCUCGCGGUUACGACACAGGCUUGUGCUGUAGGUGUGGUAACAGAGACUUUCACUGGCUGCAAUGUUUUGCUUUCUCUUGGUGUUGUUGUUAGCGUGUGGAACCGUGAAGAGCACUCUGAUAGAAGAGAACCGACAUUCUCUCCAUAUUGAUGAGGACACCAGGAAUGAUCUGCUCAAGUUUGUGGUGACCAACAUCGAGAAGCUAAAGGUAGAACACGAAGAACUGGACGAAUGCCACGGUUUAGAAAUCGUCAGUUUACUACGCAUAGAAAAAGAGGAGAAGCCGAAAGAUGGUGUAAGAUACUACAUGACGUUGAAAGUGCAGCCUGCUUUGGUAGCAACAGAAGACUGUGUCCAGAAAAAUGCCACUCUCGCAAGCCUAGAGCCUGAAAUAUGCGAGGCCGAAGUUGCAGAAACUAGAAGAAAGGAAAAGCCAUUUUGGUCCCUUCUCCGUUCAGCGUGUUUACAAGUUGAGGAGCUGGUCGACUGAGGAAGGAGAGUUUCACGAAAUUAAUAUUAAAACUAUAUCUAAUUUGUCUGUGUAACCGCGUCUCUACUGAAACUUCCCUUUUAGCUGUAUUCUAUUAUUUAUAAUCACCCAUAGCUUAGGAAGUAUUAAGUCCUUGGAAAAAAAAAUGUUCAGUUGCACUUAUAAGUUGCAUAUAAGAACACCAAAACAAACUUUUGUGUUUAACGUUAUAUCUAGACGUAUUUCCAGGAUUGUUACAGCAAUAAUGUAUUUUCUUACUGUACGAAAUAGGUAUCAGCAAGUCAAAGUGCUUUUACCAAAAUUAGAUCUGCUUUCCUGCUUAGAACUCUAUGUUAAAAUAAGGUAGUCACUGAUUGGAUAUCAGAACGUUGUAAAAAUUGUUGUUCAAAUAACAACAACAAAAAGAAAAACGUUGCGCUGCGUUCUACAAACAUAUCGUAUUAAGCUAUUGAACGUUAGCGAUAACGUUAACUUACUGAUUCUGAAUUGGAAAAGUAUUAUGUUACAUUAAAUUCAUGUUUUCUAACAUUUCUCUGAUGAAAAUUUAUAUGAACUAUUUAUUGCUUCCUCAGAUGCAUUUGGCUAAUCUGAGGUCGUGUUGAAUGAACAUUAUUUGCAAAAAAAAAUCAUUUCCAUUCGAAAAAUAAUUGAAAAGUUAUGCUUUGCAAAUUAAUAGAAAUAAAUAAAAAACUUCUGUAAAAUGAACGGUGUGGCAUUGGAAAUGUGUUAAUAAGAUUUCAAGGCGGUUGUUUUUACUGUUAUAGCUAUAUGUGGAAGUAGAACUACAACGGUUCAAUUUGUUGUUAAUGAAUAUUGAUGUUUGUCUUGUUUCACAACUUCUAAAAAUAAAAGCAUUUCUCUGUCAAAUGAUA